ACAGUGACCAGUGACAGUGACUGUGAUUACGCAUAAAAUAUUCAAAAGUUCAAAAACGCAUUAAUUAGUCGAAAACUAAAGCUUUGAGUACGUCACGUGAUCUGAUCGCUGCAAAAUUGCUUCAUUUGGGUGCGGAAUAGUAUGCGAAUUAGUUCACAGUGGAUUCGACGCAUAAAAUGGCCGUUGGACCGACGGAGGGCAAACAGCCGCCCUCAGAGACAUUCUCGCCCACACAUCAUCAGAUUAUAGCACCGAGUCCCAUAUUGGCGGUGCCGACGCUCGCCUUCUCCGCCGCCCAGGUGGAGAUCGUUUGCAAGACUCUCGAAGAUUCCGGCGACAUUGAGCGACUUGCUCGCUUCCUCUGGAGCCUGCCGGUGGCGUUGCCCAACAUGCACGAGAUACUCAACUGCGAGGCGGUGCUCAGGGCCCGGGCCGUUGUGGCCUAUCAUGUCGGUAACUUCAGGGAAUUGUAUGCAAUAAUAGAGAAUCAUAAAUUUACUAAGGCAAGCUAUGGCAAACUGCAGGCCAUGUGGCUGGAAGCGCAUUACAUUGAGGCCGAGAAGCUGCGCGGACGCUCGCUGGGUCCUGUGGACAAAUAUCGUGUGCGCAAAAAGUUUCCACUGCCGCCAACGAUUUGGGAUGGAGAGCAGAAGACGCACUGUUUCAAGGAGCGCACGAGAAGCUUGCUGCGCGAAUGGUACCUACAGGAUCCGUAUCCGAAUCCAACCAAGAAACGUGAGCUGGCCAAGGCCACUGGUCUAAACCCCACGCAAGUGGGCAAUUGGUUUAAGAAUCGACGCCAGCGUGAUCGUGCCGCCGCCGCCAAGAAUCGCAUACAGCACAACCAGAAUAACUCGGGAUUGGGUUGCCGCAGUCGUCGUGCGGAUGGCGCUGCCUCGCCCACACCAUCGGAUAGCUCCGAUUCGGAUAUAUCGCUGGGCACGCACUCACCCGUGCCGAGCAGCUUGCAACUGCAGCACAGUCCGGGCAGCAUGUCCAACGGCGCCAACGAGGAGAGUCUGAGCGUGGACGAUGACAAGCCGCGAGAUCUGAGCAGCUCGCUGCCCUCGCCCACGCCCCCGCAGCUGCCGUCGGCCUAUGGAGCGAGCGGAGUGGGAGCAGCUGGACUGCCCGGCUGCCUGCCGCCGUUCAAACUGGAUGCGGCCAGCAGUUUGUUUAAUGCCGGCUGCUACCUGCAAAGCUUUAGCAACCUGAAGGAGAUGUCCCAGCAGUUUCCCAUACAGCCGAUCGUCAUCCGGCCGCAUCCGCAGUUGCCGCAGCCAUUGGCGCUCAACGGUGGCGCCACGCACCUGCAUCAUCCCGCCUAUGCGGCGGCCUACAGCGUCGAGUGCGUGCCCCCGCCGCCCAAGCUGCGCAUCAAUUCACCCGAGAAACUCAACUCCACCGCAGUGGCAGCGGCGGCGGCAGCAGUCGCCGCCUGCGUGGGCGUGGGGCACGAGGCAACCAAUACGACGACGACGGCAGCGACGACGACGAGUUAUCAUCAUAGCGCGCAGCUGCUGCAUCGACCCUUCUCCACAUCGCCGGAGCUGAAGCACAGCGCGCCCGAGAUUACAUGAUAUCAGCGGAUCUAAGUGCCGCUCCAGCUCCAGUCCCAGCCCAGCUAUACAAAUUGUUUCAAUUCGUAGUUUAAGUCAAGCGUAGUUAAGCGAAAACUUUGGAGCUAACCCAAAGCAAUAACAGGCAAUUUCUCAUAAAUAGAAACUCAUUCACGCGCUCCUUGCCUCGUCGCCUCGUCCUGUUUCCUGUUCCUCUGCACCUUGAACUAAUUCCUAUUUAAGCAAACAAAACAGCAGCCGCAACUACAGCCGAGCAUUGAGAUAUUGAACUAUUGAACAAACUUUGUCGUCGCACACGAUUUUCAAAGAUAGACAUUUAAGAUUUAAGCGCAUAUUGAUAUGCAAAUAUUUAAAAAAACAGCAACAGCAACAGCAACUGAAGUGGAAAUCGAAACUGCAAACUGAAAUUAACAAAAUAUUGAAAUCAUACGUUUUUUCAUUCUAAUUUGUGUGUGUACGUAAUUGUAAAUAGAGUUUAAGUAUGCAAAUCAUUAGUGCUUACGUAUACAUAUAGAAUGCAAUAAAAAAGAAAAUGAAAACAAAUCGACAAA